AUGUCGAUUGAUACCCGACCCCGCAGAGAUGACGACGAUCUCGCCGUCGCGAAAGCUUCGAGACAAGGCCACGGAGGGUUUACUUCGAUGAUACCGUCGAUUCUAUGCGAUGCGGCAGAGAUCAACCCGGUUCCGGAGUCGGGGGCCCGGGACGCGGAUGGACAAGGUGCCACCGACGGCAAAGACAUCGAGACCAAGGACACCGAGACCAGAGGCGACGACGGCAAAGUCGCGGCGUUCCUGGCGAGGAACCGACUCCACCCCUCCGCCAUCGCGGCAGCGCACGAGUUCGCGCAGGCAAUGUUCCCCGGGUGCGAGGUCGAGAGGGCGCCGUUUCAGGGGUACUGCUCUUAUACGCUGCUCCUGAGGCCGCUUCCCGGUGGAGCGGCGGGACGGCGGCGGGAUAGCGGUGUUGAGGCCGGGGGAGGGGGGAGCGUCGAGAGUCGGAGCCGGAGCGAGAGCGGUACGAGUUGGAAGAGCGGCGGCAGUGGUGGUGGCGGAAGACUCGUUCAGUUCCGACCUCGGAGGCACGGUGUUGACGUCGAGAUGUGUGUCGAGGCUAGGGGUGUACUUGGGGAUGGGGUCGUGCCGGGCGUGGAGGGGCUUGGUGUGUUGGAGGGGCUGGAUACGACGGCGACUCGUGGCGGAGAGGGGAAGAAGGACGGGGAGCUGUGUGCGUAUCUCCUGGAGAGGGUCGGCGGUGUAUCCUUGACGGGCUUCCGGAGGAUAUCUGCGGGUCUGGAGACGGACCCGAGAGCGUCGAGAAGGAGGCUUGUUGCGGAUCUGGCUGUUGUCUUUGCGGAUUCGUGGAGGGGGAGGCGGGAGGAUUCCGGGGAGGGACGCGGACACGGGGGUGCGGACGGCAGAGGGCGCGUGGGAGGGAGUUUGGCGUGGCGGUUGGAGAUUAUGGGAAAGGGGUUGCCUUGUGAGUUUCGGGACGUUGUGAGGGAUGUCAGGAGGGAUCUUGGGGGUAUCGAGAGGUUGCCUUGGGUUGUUACGCACGGGGACCUCGUGCCGGAUAAUAUCAUGGUUCAUCCGCCGCGCGAGGAGGCAGGGGACGAGAGCGGCGAGGCGUGGGUGAGGCGGAAACUGGGGUGGGGGAGGGAGGAGAGGGCUGGCGGGCUGGUUGGGUUGAUUGACUGGGCCGAGCUGGAGUGGCUGCCGUUCGGGGUGGGCAUGUACGGGCUCGAGGAGGUGUUGGGGGAGGAUGUUGUCGUUGGUGGGAGUAGCGAUGUUGACUUUGCUGCUGGUGGGAGUGCUGCUACUACGACGGCAACGAUUACGACUACGACGAUGACGACGACAUCAACGAGAUUCGAGUACUAUCCCGAAGCAGCCUCCCUCCGCGCACUCUUCUGGGACGAGGUCGGACGCGUGGUGGGUGAUGAGGAGGUCAUUCGCCGGGCGAAGAGGGCUCAGGUCCUGGGGGUACUGCUUUGGAGGGGCAUUGCGUUUGAUGAUGGCGCGCUGGGGAGGGUCGUGGACGGGGAGAGGGACGCGUGGGACUUGCAACGCUUGCGGGCUUGGGCUUUUGAGGAUGGGGGUCUCGGGUUGACUCGUGGCAAGGUCGAGGUUGAGGUGGGUUUCCAAGACUUCGAGACGGAUUCAAUCAAUUCAUUUGAGCAAUGA